AUGUCGUCCAUUGCUAGGAAGGCUGUUGUUCCUUUUAGUGAAGCCAAUAAAAAGUACGUUUCGUCACUAUAUCGCAAAUCACUAAGAACUGCCCACGAUUGGAUUAAUAAGACAGAAUUUUACAGAGUUAAGGCUUCUGAAAUCAGGUCACGAUUUGACGCCAAUAAGCAUAUUAAUGACCCCAAUGAACUGAAAGUUAUAUUCAAAGAAACUGAAGCUUUGCUGGAAGAUUAUGCACAUCCAGAUCCUAUAAUCCCCCCUUGUAGGCCUGGAGGGUCUAAAUUUGAGAGAAAUAUUCCACCCAGAGUUGAAGCACGUAUACCUAUUGAUGUUUAG